CACUUCCGGGAGCGCAGAGUUGGUUUCUGUAUGACUGAAGAUGACGAGACAUGGAAAGAACUGCACAGCUGGAGCUGUGUACACCUACUACGAGAAGAGGAAAGACACUGCUGCUUCUGGAUAUGGAACACAAACUGUUCGGCUCAGCAGAGAUGCAGUGAAGGAUUUUGAUUGCUGCUGUUUAUCCCUUCAGCCGUGUAAAGAUCCUGUGGUAACGCCAGAUGGAUACAUCUUUGAAAAAGAAGCCAUCCUGGAAUACAUCUUGCAUCAGAAGAAAGAGAUUGCUCGACAGAUGAAGUUGUAUGAAAAGCAGAAGAAUGAGAAGAAGACAGAAAUGGAAGAAUUGACCAAAGCUGCAAAAGAGUCCAAAAUGAAAGUGUUUCUUGAUAAGGAAAUGUCCAUCAUCAGUAAACCACUCAACCCCUUCUCCAAGAAAAUGGAAGAGAGCAAUGGCUCAGCAGCAGAGGCCAGCACUAGUAAGCAAAGCAGUGAGGAUAAAGGCAAGCAGCUUCCCAGCUUCUGGAUCCCAUCGCUGACACCAGAGGCCAAAUCCACACUUGUGAAGAAGCCAGACAAGAAUGUUUACUGCCCCAUGAGUGGAAUGUCUCUGAAGAUGAAAGACUUGACCUCUGUGAAGUUUACUAAAGUAGAUGAAAAUGUGGAUCGUGUUGGUCUCAUAAACCGUCAGGAUAGAUAUGUGUGCGCAGUGACGCGGGAUAUGCUUGGCAAUUCUGUACCCUGUGCAGUCCUACGACCUUCGGGAGCUGUGGUCACAUUGGAGUGCGUUGAGAAGUUGAUCAAGAAAGAUAUGACCGAUCCAAUUAGUGGAGAAAAGCUGAUGGAGAAGGAUAUUAUCGUUUUGCAGAGGGGUGGCACAGGAUUCUCCGGAUCCGGAGUACAGCUGGAAGCUAAAGAAGCUCGGCCAGUCAUGCAGGCGUGAGAAGUAUUUGUAUCACAAACCUUUCCAUUUGGCACACUUCUGUAAUUUUGCCCUCUAUGUACACAUAACGCUACAUAGAAUGGAUUACUCCUUUUUCUGUGCAGUACAGUAGGCACUGAUCGCUUGUUGGGUCUUCUCUGCUAUGCAUUG